AUGUUUCCGCCUCCUGUGACCUGGGUUCCGCCCAACUGUGUAUUUGAAGUGGACGACAUUCUUCGCGACUGGACUUGGAAAGAACCGUUUGAUUUCAUCCACCUUCGUCUGUUACUGGGGGCAUUCACCCCCGAGGGGUGGGUUGAGCUGUACGAUAAAUGCUACCAGGCCCUAGCUCCAGGCGCUUGGAUCGAACAGAUCGAAUUAGACGUUCGCCUUUAUAGCGAUGACGGAAGUUUACACAAGGAUAGCUAUCUGGGCGGAUGGGGAGACAAUUUCAUCGGGUGCUCUGAGCGAAGCGGCCGUUCUCUCCUCACGCAAGAAACUAUGCGAGGGGCAAUGGAGAAGGCCGGUUUUGUGGAUACACACGAAACUGUAUACAAGAUACCAGUGGGGCCUUGGCCAAGGGACAAACUUCUCAAAGAGACAGGACGUCUUCAAUACCUCCACUGGACUACUGCUCUGGAAGGCUGGGCUAUGUGGCUUCUUACCAAGUUUGGAGCACCCUCACCCUGGUCCGCAGAUGAGGUACAGGUCUAUCUAGGCAAGGUUCGGUCCGAAUUGAGGAAUCCCCGAGCACAUGCUUUCGAAUAUGCUCGCCGUGUCUGGGCAAGAAAGCCCACCGAGGAUGAAUCAAAGGUGGCUAUCAAGGUUGAGCCUCAGAUUUAG